UGUUUACCACACUGUUCAACGUAAUAGAGCAUCUAUCAUCCACAUCUCUCGUGUUGUACUCAUGACUAGUCUUUGAUUCUCACACCCACUGAUUUUCGGCACUAAACCAUUACAUCGUGAUUCGUGAUGUCGGACCAAACAGACAUCCAAGAAAGUACUGCAGUCACCUUCGAAUGGACCCUUCGUGGUCUCAAGAAUAUCUUUGAAUCGAGCAAAGGUGAAUCGAAGUCAAAGGUUACAAAGUCUGUCAGAUUUGGAGGUGGACGCUGGCAGAUUCUUUUCUAUGCGAACUCUGGGACGGAGGGCGGAGGGUUCGUGAGCUUGUAUUUGUCCUGUGAACCCACUGCUGAAGAAAAAGACAAUGCGGUAGACGGAAAGUGGGUACGAGAGGGCGUCUACAAAUUCAAUUUUGAGCUUCGAAGUCUCGGGAAGACCGCUCUGUUCAAUAUCAAAGAAGCCCACAAUCAUUCAUUCUCGUCGAAGACAGCCAAUUGGGGAUGGGCACAAUUUGCGAGACGAGAUCAUGUAUACUAUCAUUCAAAUGCUGUUAAGGAACAGGACGCUUUUCUCGUCAUCUGCACCAUCACAUCAUCCCCAGCCGCCCCCGCGCAACCACCAUCAGCGCCAGCUCAGCUUGUACCGAAGGAUUUCUUGGAACGUGUAGGGUCGUUGCUUGAUGAUCCACUAUACUCCGACGUCGAGUUCGUCCUCCCCUGCCGAGGCAGGUCAAAGGGUUCUAGGUGCAUCUACGCCAACAGAAAGAUAUUGCAAAGAGCAGAUUACUUUCAGACUAUGUUCAGCUCGGGAUUCUCUGAAGCUUCUUCAGACCUCGACCAACAUGAUAUUGAUGAUUGUGACGGUGCCUCCGACGACACCUAUCUUAGCCGUCAAUAUGAUGAUUCGGACGACGAAGAUGAUGAAUACUCGACACGAACAAUCGAUGAACCGAGUUUUGAUGGCACUGUAGAGUCGCAGAUCGAAGAUGGACCCUCUGUGCCAGUUGCAAGUACCAUUAACAUCGAGUCAAGCGUCCAUUCUGUAGAGGCAGAUGCACAAAUAACGAGUGGUCCGGAAGAUGGGCAGAAUCCUAUUGUUCAACCCAAGCUGUCUCACCCGUCGUCCCCAAUUGCAGGGAGCAAUAACGUAGCUCUUGACACGAAUGCACACGAUUGGAUAAAACCUACAGCACCCGCCGAAGGCAAAGAGUUUGCGGGACCCAAGAAAAUGCGUGUCUUUAUUCGGGACGUCGCAUAUGCAACUUAUAGGGCUGUUCUCUACUAUAUUUAUACUGAUGUCAUUGUCUUCGCCCCUAUAUCGUCGUCGUUUGGCUCGACGGCUCAAAAGAAAGCGCCGACAGUAGUGUCGACAGCGCAAGCCCCUUCUGAUAGUCAGUCUAACUUGCUCGACGUUCCAAAAUCAGGGGGCUCGACAGAAACACCCACCUCAAGGAGAGAGUGGAUUCGAAAGUGGCAACAAGCUCAUCCAGGGCGACCAUCUCCGUGUUCUGCAAAGGCUGUGUAUCGAUUGGCAGACAAACUCGGCCUCCUUGAUUUGAAGGAGCGUGCAUACCAGCACAUCCAGAAAUCGCUCACUGUCGACAAUAUUCCUUACGAGGUGUUCUCUCCAUUCUCUGCGACCUUUCAGGAUGUCCGCAAGGUUCAAGUUAAUUUCUUCCUUGAACACUGGGGAGAUAUUCGUUCUUCAGAUGCGAUGCGCAGUGUGUGGCAACAAAUUCGCAUCGGAAGACAUCCUGGAUUCGAGGAAGUAUGGCCCUUGAUUGCACAGCACCUAGAGUUCAACCCGAAGACGGGAAAAUCAGGGGAUUCGGAAUCGACUGAGAGUUAGAAGUAGGAUCGAUGAAUCUGUAUUAUUGUAAGGACAUCAUGUAUAUAUGUUUCUGAUUUACUUCAACAACACUUUUCCUCUUUCCUUGUUUU